GGUGUUCAGUCAAGUUCAAGCUAUCGGAGCGCGCUGUCGAGUUGAACCUGGGGUAUUCCCGUUGCACUCGUCGCUGCAUCCUCAGGAGUUGCUCCAGAGUCGCUAAGCCGUUUGCUUCACUUUCGAUAUUAGAAUUCACUUUCAGUGUUAGAGUUCACUUUCAGUGUGAGAUUUUGUUUGCCAAUCGAACGAAUUGCCAGCGAUAGUGAUCACCUCAGCUCCCCGAAGGUCACAAUCAUACGGAAGUACCAAUUGCAUCGUAAUUACAUAAAGUGCACGAUGUUUGUUUCAAGAGACGAAGCCAUGACUGUGAACUCCAGAACCGGUUGCCCUUCCUCAACAGUCUGGCUAUAUCUCACCGUUGAAUUCCUGAUUGGCAUGUUCCUAUCAGGCAUUCUAGCCAUCCUCGGGGUCGUUAAAACCCUCCUGCCCAAACCACCCAGAGAUUUAGCAGGAGACAUCGUUUUGGUAGCUGGCGCAGCCUCGUCCCUGGGCGAGUCCCUGGCAGAGGAGUUCGCUAAAGAUGGUUGCUCUGUGAUCUGCGUGGACAGCGACGCCGCGUCCAUAGAAGAAACAGCAUCCAGACUACGAUCGAGUUACCCCAGGGUCGAGGAUGUCGGAUCCAGCCACGGGAAGGAUGCACCGUCUGCAAAAUCAACCAUAUCAGCCUACGAGUGCGAUUUGCUAGAUAAAGAUGAUAUAAGAAGGACAGCGCGGAAGAUCAAGGAUGAGAUUGGCAAAGUCGACGUCCUGGUGACUUGCGUCGGCAACAUGAACCAGGAUAUCUUCGACACGGCCAGCACAACCUUGAUGAGUCACUUCUGGACGGUUCUAGCCUUUCUGCCACUGAUGCUGUACCGCGCACGAGCGCACAUCAUCGGUGUCACGCCGGUUGCCUCGAGUGGAGACGCGUAUCACGGUUCAAGAGCGGCGAUAGCCAGCCUCAUGGCGAGCCUCUGCCAGGAAUUGAGUAACCACAGCAGCCACCUCACAUUUAUGGCGUUCACUCCCAUCGCUAGGAGCAGUACAAUGAAGGAGGACGAACGACAGGUAGCAAGAAAUAUCGUCCAGGCUGUCAAAACGGACCAGAGCAAUUUAGGUGUCGGCUGGAUGCCCUGGUUCCUGUAUCGACUAGGCUGCGCGACGUACCACGGAAUAACGACGUUCACGCAGUGGGUUCGCUCGCAAGGAUGUGAUUAUCCAGCUUAAAAAUUAUUCAGAUUCCUAGACAACGAAUAAUACUGAUGGAACAAGGGGAGCCUGGUGGCAUACAAAUGACGACAAAAAUUGAAUCGUCGAAGAAGUCUCAGGACCAGUUCAAUUAAUCCAAGGCGAGCCCAGAAAUCAUGAACGGACUUUGAAAUUAGGAGGAUUCACGUACCUCCUGCAAUCACAAAAA